AGGGGAGGGGGCGGAGGCCCGGGCCUUCCCCCGCCGCCGCCGCCGCCCCUCACGGCGGCCUCGGGCCGCGCCCGGACGGCGGCCCAGGUUUUACCAAGGGACAGUACAUCUAACACUUAACUUGGAUCAUCUCUUGCUCAUCAGCUUGAAAAUCAUAACAGCCCCCAAAACUGACAUUUGAUCUGAAAGAAAAAGCUGUGACAGAUGGACAAUAUGUCUAUUACUAACACACCAACAAGUAAUGAUGCUUGUCUGAGCAUUGUUCACAGCUUGAUGUGCCAUCGGCAAGGUGGAGAGAGCGAGACUUUCGCAAAGCGCGCAAUUGAGAGUUUAGUUAAAAAGCUGAAGGAGAAGAAAGAUGAAUUGGAUUCUCUGAUUACAGCUAUAACCACCAACGGAGCUCACCCUAGCAAGUGUGUUACCAUACAGAGGACGCUGGAUGGGCGGCUGCAGGUGGCUGGCCGCAAGGGGUUCCCCCACGUGAUUUACGCCCGGCUCUGGAGGUGGCCCGACCUGCACAAAAACGAGCUCAAGCACGUUAAAUAUUGUCAGUAUGCUUUUGACCUCAAGUGUGACAGUGUCUGUGUGAACCCUUACCAUUAUGAGCGCGUGGUGUCGCCCGGCAUCGAUCUCUCGGGACUGACGCUGCAGAGCUCAGCCCCGUCCAGCAUGCUGGUGAAGGACGAGUACGUGCACGACUACGAGGGGCAGCCGUCGCUGUCGUCGGCCGAGGGCCACUCGGUGCAGACCAUCCAGCACCCGCCCAGCAACAGGGCCAGCUCGGAGCCCUUCAGCGCCCCGGCCAUGCUGGCCCCCGCCGAGGCCAGCACCACCAGCACCACCAACUUCCCCAACAUUCCCGUGGCCUCCACAAGUCAACCUCCCAGUAUAUUGACAGGUAGCCAUAGUGAUGGACUCUUACAGAUUGCUUCAGGGCCCCAGCCAGGAGCUCAGCAGAAUGGGUUCACAGCCCAGCCAGCCACUUACCACCACAGGCCGUUUGUCUUUGCAGACAGCACCACCAGCUGGACGGGGAGCCGGACGGCCGCCUACACGCCCAGCAUCCCGCACCACCAGAACGGCCACCUGCAGCACCACCCGCCCAUGCACCCCGGACACUACUGGCCAGUUCACAACGAACUCGCAUUCCAGCCUCCCAUAUCAAACCACCCUGCCCCAGAGUACUGGUGCUCCAUCGCCUACUUUGAGAUGGACGUGCAGGUCGGGGAGACCUUCAAGGUGCCCUCCAGCUGCCCCAUUGUCACCGUGGACGGGUACGUGGAUCCCUCCGGAGGGGACCGCUUCUGCCUGGGACAGCUGUCCAACGUGCACAGAACAGAGGCCAUCGAGAGAGCGAGGUUGCACAUUGGCAAGGGCGUGCAGCUGGAGUGCAAGGGCGAGGGUGACGUGUGGGUGCGCUGCCUGAGCGACCACGCCGUGUUCGUGCAGAGCUACUACCUGGACAGGGAGGCGGGCAGGGCCCCCGGCGACGCCGUGCACAAGAUCUACCCCAGCGCCUACAUCAAGGUGUUCGACCUGCGGCAGUGCCACCGGCAGAUGCAGCAGCAGGCGGCCACCGCCCAGGCCGCCGCCGCCGCGCAGGCCGCAGCCGUGGCCGGCAACAUCCCGGGGCCCGGCUCCGUGGGAGGCAUCGCCCCCGCCAUCAGCCUGUCGGCGGCGGCCGGGAUCGGCGUGGACGACCUGCGGCGGCUGUGCAUCCUGAGGAUGAGCUUUGUCAAGGGCUGGGGCCCGGACUACCCGCGGCAGAGCAUCAAGGAGACGCCGUGCUGGAUCGAGAUCCACCUGCACCGCGCGCUGCAGCUGCUGGACGAGGUGCUGCACACCAUGCCCAUCGCCGACCCGCAGCCCCUGGACUGAGCGCCUGUAAAACGCCCCGAGCCGCCGCCCCCGCCCAUGCUCCACUUCCUCCUGCUUAACCUCUCGAAACAGGUUUUAAAAAUGUGUUUGCCGCCUUGCUCUUAGCAGAACGCGCCUGAACGUGCGGGAUUUGGAUUUCAGUUAUCUCCAGAAACUCAGUAGUCGUAACACAGGGCCUGACGUGGAAGGUAAAUGCUUUAUAGAGACUUCACAGAGCUGGGUUUGUUCCCUUUGAAACUCUCCUUCCCUACGGUGGCAUCUUGGUGAUCAGCCUCACAGGAGCCUUUUGUAUGCAGAAUAUAUAUUAUAUAUAUAUUUAUAUCUGAAAAUUCCUUCUAGUAGUUAAAAACAUUUACCUUGUAGCGACUUUAAAUUCCAGCUGAUUUGUGAUAUUCUGUUUAGGGAACAGUAGUUAACAGAAGAGUUCUUUAUUUUGUUGAUGAUCACGCUACGAUUUUUCCAGGUUAAAGCCUCGCAGCUGCCAAAAAGUGAGGGGAUGACACAUACCUUGUUGGCAUCGAUCAAAAAAUUCUUUAGUUUUUAAAAAAAAAAAAAACAGAAGACAUCCUAGAUUUUUAUUUAUGUAGCCAUGUGAGUUUAAAACACUAAAGGAAAUGGAUGCUUUGAGCGUGGGCACUCGGUGUGAGGUGAAACCCCCCAAUGCCUGCAGCGUUGCCACUGAAACUGCCUCGUGAGUGCCUGAUGGCAGGAGCGUGUUUUCAUGAUUGCUACCGGCCUCUGUGGUUCCACUCAGCAAACCCCCAGCAUGUAUCAUGGUAAAUCUGCAUGACUCUUUUACUUGCAUAUAUCAUGGAAGUGUGUACGGUAAUCCAUCGGCGUUUGGACUGGGUUUUUGUCUCUGUUCACCAUUUCCACUCAGGGCAAGAUGGCAAACCUGUUUUUAUACCUCCCGGUUAUUUCAGCCCUGUGCCAUCGGUGACCGCGCCAAGGGGCAAUGGCUGCGUGCAGAGAGGGAGGUGCUGGGCUCACCCAUCCUGGCCUCUGGGGCACAGCUCAGCCCCUGGGCUCUGGGGCACAGCUCAGAUCCCUGUGCUCCCCAUGGGCUCUGGGGCACAGCUCAGCCCCUGGGCUCAUCCAUCCUGGGCUCACCCAUCCUGGCCUCUGGGGCACAGCUCAGCCCCAUGGCCUCUGGGGCACAGCUCAGAUCCCUGUGCUCCCCAUGGGCUCUGGGGCACAGCUCAGCCCCUGGGCUCAUCCAUCCUGGGCUCACCCAUCCUGGCCUCUGGGGCACAGCUCAGCCCCAUGGCCUCUGGGGCACAGCUCAGAUCCCUGUGCUCCCCAUGGGCUCUGGGGCACAGCUCAGCCCCUGGGCUCAUCCAUCCUGGCCUCUGGGGCACAGCUCAGCCCCAUGGGCUCAUCCAUCCUGGGCUCUGGGGCACAGCUCAGCCCCCUGGGCUCCCUAUGGGCUCUGGAGCACAGCUCAGCCCCCUGGGCUCUGGGGCACAGCUCAGCCCCCUGGGCUCCCCCAUCCUGGCCUCUGGGGCACAGCUCAGCCCCAUGGGCUCACCCUGGGCUCCCCCAUCCUGGCCUCUGGGGCACAGCUCAGCCCCAUGGGCUCACCCUGGGCUCCCCCAUCCUGGCCUCUGGGGCACAGCUCAGCCCCAUGGGCUCACCCUGGGCUCCCCCAUCCUGGCCUCUGGGGCACAGCUCAGCCCCAUGGGCUCACCCUGGGCUCCCCCAUCCUGGCCUCUGGGGCACAGCUCAGAUCCCUGGGCUCACCCAUCCUGGCCUCUGGAAUUCCCGCGGAGGAGCCGGGAGCGCUGCUCCCUGCUGGCCGAGCAGGCACGGGAGGCUCCAGAGCCUCGGCCAGAAAUGGAUCCAUUUCCCCCAUUUUCAUUAGCUUCAUUAUUUUCCCUGCUGCCUCCCUCGGGGUGGCUUUUAAUGACAUCACGUUUGUGUCCUGUGAGGCGGCACCCCCGGUCCUGGGCAGGAGCGGAGUUUGUUCGCUCUCACCCCGGGUUUGGCCCCAAACCUGCUUGGCUUUGCGUGGCUGCCCGGCCAGAAACUCGCACCCCUGGCCGGCCUUGUGGUGGUGCCAAACCCGCGCAAAGCAGGGAAAGGCUGGCUCAGCCUGCUGCUCCUCCUGCUUGUGCUACAGUCUGAAAGAACUCCCUGGGUAAGGCGAGGGUUGUUACAGGUGUUUGCAAAUCUCCACCUGCAAAAUGCGUGGAUGCCCCAAAAUGUUCAGAACAAAACAAUAUUUGAUGAUUUUAUUAUGAGAAGUCAGUGUAUUUACAGCAGGAGAAGCCAGAGGCGGUGAAAGCUGAGAAGGCAUUCAUCUUCCCCACCACCAGCUCCCAAAAGGGUGCACUUGCAGCUGUUAAAGAAAAAUGAGACAAUCUUACUCGUGGUUUUUCAUAUGCUGUUAAAUUAACUUUUGUUCUUCCAUGGCAAGGCACAGCAGGCAGCACAUGAUGGGCUGGAACGCGCUCAGCAGCAGCAGCAGCAGCAGCCCCCGAGCUGUUGGCGGGCUUGCAUUUGUGUCUGAGAGCUGAGGAGGGGCUGCAGCAGCUCCCUGGAGCUGAGGUGACCCGUGCCUGUGCCCGCAGGGGUGCCAGGGGUGCCACUUGUCUGCAGCGCCGCAUUCGUUCGGGUGACGCGGCCGGGAUUUAUUCAGCAGCCGGGAUUUAUCCAGCGUGCACCUCCUGCUGCUCCCUGCUCAGCCCUCCCGGCGCCACGGCCCCGUUAGAGCCCUUUGUGCUGUGGCCCUUUGUGCUCUCCCUUUGUCUGCCCAGCUGGGGUCAGCCUGGGAGGCUCGGUGGGAGCUGGGGUCGGCGCUGGGAGGGUUGAAAGCUUUUAUCCCACUGUCAUUGUUAGUGGAGAGGGGAGGGCGUUCACACUGAGCCCACUGCAGGUGCCGAGAGGAAACCUUCCCGCUGGAAGGGCUGAACUCCAGCAGGAAUCCUCUGGAUGGAGACAAAACCAUUCCUUCCAUCCCCUCCGUGGGUGAGGACGCUGUGCUGGGGCAGCCCUGCAGCAGCUCGGGCAGCCCUGCAGCAGCUCGGGCAGCCCUGCAGCUGCUCUGGCAGCCCUGCAGCUGCUCUGGCAGCCCUGCAGCAGCUCUGGCAGCCCUGCAGCUGCUCUGGCAGCCCUGCAGCAGCUCGGGCAGCCCUGCAGCUGCUCUGGCAGCCCUGCAGUGCCGCUCCCUCCCUCGGUGCCAUCGUAGGUGUGACCCAGCCCGCGCUGCUCGCACCCCGCGCCUCCCUGGCCUCUCCCCCAGAGGAGGGCUCCUCAGGAGGGGCUGCCUCCCUCCUGUGUCCCUGCCCGGCCCUGGCUCCUCCCAGGAUGGAUCCUGAUCCCCAGUUUUCACACUUUUACGGGUUUUGGUCCAUUUCCAUAUUGGGGUUCAUUGUCCAGCUCCAGGUUCUGCAGUCCCGCCCUCCCAGGUUGCUCCCCUCCAUUCCCUGUUGUUUGCACUUUCUGGGCCGAGGCUGCAGCGGUGCCCUUGGUUCUGGGGCUGGGGAGGGGUUGCUGUGCGUGCCUGAGCCGUGGGCAGAGCUGCUGGCACUGUGUGGGGUCAGGGCAGUGCAGCAGGUGGGCAAUGGGGCCCCUCGAACCGGGGCAGUCCCCGCGGCUGUGAGGCGCUGACCCCGAGCUGCUCCUGGAGCCGUGCCCGGGCCGGCCCCGCUGUGUCGCACUGUGGCAGGGUCAGUGUGGCAGGGUCAGUGUGACAGCGUCAGUGUGACAGUGUCAGUGUGACAGGGUGGCACUGUGGCAGUGUCACUGUGGCAGGGUCAGUGUGGCAGUGUCACACUGUGGCAGGGUCAGUGUGGCAGUGUCAGUGUGACAGGAUCAGUGUGGCAGUGUCACUGUGGCAGGGUCAGUGUGGCAGUGUCACUGUGGCAGGGUCACACUGUGGCAGUGUCACUGUGGCAGGGUCAGUGUGACAGGGUCACACUGUGGCAGGGUCACACUGUGGCAGUGUCACUGUGGCAGGGUCAGUGUGACAGGGUCACACUGUGGCAGGGUCACACUGUGGCAGUGUCACUGUGGCAGGGUCAGUGUGGCAGUGUCACACUGUGGCAGGGUCAGUGUGGCAGUGUCACACUGUGGCAGGGUCACUGUGACAGGGUCACACUGUGACAGGAUCAGUGUGGCAGGGUCAGUGUGGCAGUGUCGCACUGUGGCAGGGUCAGUGCUGAGAGAGCAGAGCCGCCGCUGAGAGCGCCGGGGCCGCGCUCUGGGGCUCAUGCUGUGCCUUGGGGCUGCUGCUCCCUCCAGAUGUGCGGGACUCCACACCAGCCCCUGCUGGAGCUUCCUCACUCCAGUAAAUUUUUCUGUGUUCUUGGCGAGGUUUGGCGGCGCCCCAAAGCUGUGGUUCAGAUGGGUUGAGAGCUGUGAAGUACCCAUAGCCCAAAACUCACCCCGAGAGGGUUUUUCAGGCAUGGAAACCUGGUUAAGCAUUUCUUUUCUUCAGCCAUUGCCUUUUGAUAAGCGGUCAACAGAAUUCCCAGUAGUUCCUUUGUAGCUUCCUGUAUGUUUUUCAUUAGACCUAGUUUGUGGAUAAUAUACUGUAGCUAACUUUCCUGAAAUUCUGUAACAGAGUAUGUUUUUGAUUAAAAAAGGUAAAGAUUCA